UUCUCCUGCUGAGCUCUGUUGGGUUGCAACUGGGAUCCUCUUGAGCUCAAUCAGGGUUCAGAAUGUCUAGAGGAAAGAGUCGCUUCCAAUGAUUUGCACGCCGCCGGGAGUCCAUGCCCCUAGGACUCCCUGCCUGAAGCCUCUUGGUAGCUGGGCCUUGGCUUUGGGCCAUGGAAGGCUUUUUGUUGAUGGUUGAGGUCUGGACCUCAGAAAAGGACAUUGGAUAUGUUCCGAUUGUGCCAAUGAGGACCUAAGGCGCCUGCCUGCCAACCAUCCCAGCCUGCAGUGACCAUGGCCCUCCGCAAGAGGAGUCCUCAUGGCCUGGGCUUCCUUUGCUGCUUUGGAGGCAGUGACCUUCCUGAGAUCGACCUCCGGGACAGCCACCCACUGCAGUAUCUGGAGUUCUCCGGUCCCAUCCCGAAUCCUGAGGAGCUCAAUGUCCGCUUUGCAGAGCUGGUGGAUGAAUUGGACCUCACAGAUAAAAACCGAGAGGCUGUGUUUGCACUACCACCCGAGAAGAAAUGGCAGAUCUACUGCAGCAAGAGGAAGGAGCAGGAGGAUCCCAACAAGCUGGCAACCAGUUGGCCUGAGUACUACAUUGAUCGUAUCAAUGCCAUGGCCACGAUGCAGAACCUGUAUGAAACUGAAGAUGAGGAGACAGACAAGAGGAACCAAGUUGUAGAAGACCUGAAGACAGCCCUCCGGACACAACCCAUGAGGUUUGUGACCCGCUUCAUCGAACUGGAAGGCCUGACCUGUCUGCUGAAUUUCCUCCGGGGCAUGGACCACACCACCUGUGAAAGCCGCAUCCACACAUCUCUCAUUGGCUGCAUCAAGGCUCUGAUGAACAACUCUCAGGGCCGGGCACAUGUCCUGGCACAACCUGAGGCCAUCAGCAUUAUCGCUCAGAGCCUGCGCACAGAGAACAGCAAGACUAAAGUUGCGGUGCUGGAGAUCCUGGGUGCAGUGUGCCUUGUACCUGGAGGCCACAAGAAGGUUCUACAGGCCAUGCUACACUAUCAGGUGUAUGCAGCCGAGCGCACUCGUUUCCAGACUUUGCUGAAUGAACUGGAUCGAAGUUUAGGCCGCUACCGGGAUGAGGUAAACCUGAAGACAGCCAUCAUGUCCUUCAUCAAUGCUGUCCUCAAUGCUGGCGCUGGGGAGGAUAACCUGGAAUUCCGCCUGCAUCUCCGGUAUGAGUUCCUGAUGCUGGGGAUUCAGCCAGUGAUUGAUAAACUCCGGCAACACGAGAAUGCCAUUCUGGACAAGCAUUUAGACUUCUUUGAGAUGGUCCGGAAUGAGGAUGACCUGGAGCUAGCCAGGAGGUUUGACAUGGUCCACAUUGACACAAAAAGUGCCUCCCAGAUGUUUGAGCUGAUCCACAAGAAGCUGAAGCACACGGAAGCCUAUCCCUGCCUGCUCUCUGUCCUGCACCACUGCCUGCAGAUGCCCUACAAGCGGAAUGGUGGCUACUUCCAGCAGUGGCAGCUCCUGGACCGCAUCCUUCAACAGAUUGUCCUCCAGGAUGAGCGAGGGAUGGACCCUGACCUGGCCCCACUGGAAAACUUUAAUGUCAAGAACAUCGUUAACAUGCUCAUCAAUGAGAAUGAGGUGAAGCAGUGGAGGGACCAGGCAGAGAAGUUUCGGAAAGAACACAUGGAACUCGUGAGCCGGCUGGAGAGAAAAGAGCGGGAAUGUGAGACGAAGACACUGGAGAAGGAGGAGAUGAUGCGGACGCUCAACAAGAUGAAGGACAAACUGGCCCGCGAGUCUCAGGAGCUGCGCCAAGCUAGGGGACAAGUGGCAGAGCUGGUAGCCCGACAUAAUGAGAGCUCAACCGGCCCGGUGUCCUCCCCACCUCCCCCAGGAGGUCCACUCACCUUGUCUUCCUCCAGGACAACCAAUGAUCUGCCUCCACCCCCACCACCUCUCCCCUUUGAUAGCUGCCCACCCCCACCCGCACCACCCCUCCCUCCCGGAGGGCCUCCCAUCCCCCCAGGUGCCCCACCCUGCUUCAGCUCAGGCCCACCCCCAUCUCAUGACCCCUUCUCCAGCAAUGAAGCCCCACUCAGGAAAAAGCGCAUUCCCCAGCCUUCGCACCCACUGAAGUCCUUCAAUUGGGUCAAGCUGAAUGAGGAGCGUGUUUCUGGCACCGUGUGGAAUGAAAUUGAUGACUCGCAGGUAUUUCGGAUUCUGGACCUGGAAGACUUUGAAAAAAUGUUCUCGGCAUAUCAGAGGCACCAGGCUUGCAUGCAGGAGGGGCCCCACAGAGAGAGAGGAAAUGUGAGAGACGGAGGGGCGGCGAGCAGACCUCUGCCAGCUGUGGAGGCGAGUGCCCACAGAAGUGAGAAGGCUUCUAGGUCUAUGGUAUCAGCUACAGGUGCCAAGAAAGAACUGGGCUCCACAGAGGACAUCUACAUAACCUCCCGCAAGGUUAAAGAGCUGUCAGUCAUCGAUGGCCGGAGGGCCCAGAACUGUAUCAUUCUUCUCUCCAAGUUGAAGCUUUCUAAUGAUGAAAUACGGCAGGCCAUCUUGCGGAUGGAUGAACAAGAAGACCUCGCUAAGGACAUGCUGGAGCAGCUUCUCAAGUUCAUUCCCGAGAAGAGCGACAUUGAUCUCCUAGAAGAGCACAAACAUGAGAUUGAGAGGAUGGCGCGUGCAGAUCGCUUCCUCUAUGAAAUGAGCAGGAUCGACCAUUACCAGCAACGGCUACAGGCCCUGUUCUUCAAGAAGAAGUUCCAGGAACGACUGGCUGAGGCCAAGCCCAAAGUAGAAGCCAUCCUGCUGGCCUCCAAGGAACUGACUCUCAGCAAGCGCCUGAAGCAAAUGCUAGAGGUGGUCCUAGCCAUCGGCAACUUCAUGAACAAGGGGCAGCGUGGCGGUGCCUACGGCUUCCGGGUAGCCAGUCUCAACAAGAUCGCUGACACCAAGUCCAGCAUUGAUAGGAACAUCUCUCUGCUUCAUUACCUGAUCAUGAUCCUGGAGAAGCACUUCCCAGAUAUCCUGAACAUGCCCUCAGAGCUGAAGCACCUAUCAGAAGCUGCCAAAGUCAACCUGGCAGAGCUGGAGAAGGAGGUGAGCAUUCUCAGGAGAGGCCUCCGAGCAGUGGAAGUGGAGUUGGAAUAUCAGAGACACCAGGCACGAGACCCCAAUGACAAGUUCGUCCCUGUCAUGAGUGACUUCAUCACAGUGUCUAGCUUCAGCUUCUCAGAGCUGGAGGACCAGCUGAAUGAGGCCAGGGAUAAGUUUGCCAAGGCACUGACACACUUCGGAGAGCAGGAGAGUAAGAUGCAGCCGGAUGAAUUCUUUGGCAUCUUCGACACCUUCUUGCAGGCCUUCUUGGAGGCCCGGCAGGACCUGGAGGCCAUGCGGAGGAGGAAGGAGGAAGAUGAGCGGAGAGCACGCAUGGAAUUCAUGUUGAAGGAACAGCGUGAGAAAGAGAGAUGGCAGAGGCAGAAGAAGGUCUUGGCUGGCGGCACCCUAGAGGAGAGCGGCGAGUUUGAUGACCUAGUGUCAGCCCUGCGCUCUGGAGAAGUUUUCGAUAAGGACUUAAGCAAGUUCAAGCGCAACCGGAAGCGGCCUGGGAGCCAGGUUCCGGAGGUCACCCGCGAGCGGGCGAUAAACAGGCUAAAUUAUUGACUUGGAGACUGGGGACUGACCACAGAGCAACAAGCCUGGAGACGAGGAUUAGAAGAAAGGAGUUGAAUAGUAAAAGCAAUGACUUAAGUGAUUUUGGAAAACUGGGUUUGAGAGCCCUGGGCUGGGUCCUGGGUGUCGUGUGCGGCUAGACCGGGUGUCUCCCACACUGAGAGGGGGUCUUCGCUUGUCUCCUGUAUAUUACCCACUUUUAUCCUUGUUCUGUCCGUCUCCGUCUGUGCCCCUCCCCCUCCUGGCCAUCCUUCUCCAAGACUAGCUUGGGCAUCCCUGACAGGCCCUCCCAGGCUGGGUGACACUGUUCUCCACACCUCAUGUUGGCACAGAGCUGUUUAAGACCCAGGAGACAUUCUUGUCCCAACAUUUUGUACAGUAAGUAUGUGGUGGUGGAGUGGAACCUGAGAGCCAGCAAGCAGUAGGCUCCUAUCUGAAAAGACAGCUCAACGGGCUCAACGGAACAUGGAUCUGGGAUGGGAACCAGGGGCUUAUUUGUUCUAGCUAGAUAAGCUCCAGUCUGUUCCAGAAAAACAGGACCAGGGCCAGCAAGUGAAUUAGUUAUCUGUCUGUGCCUUUUCCUACACCAAGUCCUAGGGCCUCACUUCUUCCCUGGCUACCUCCAUCCCAUUUACUGAUUUCUGGUCUCCACAUUCCUCUCCAAUUUCCAGAACUCUGGCUCACCAUCAGCUUUUAGUGUGGCUCUGGUAAGGAGGGGUGUCCAAGAAAGACUCUGUCGUCACCUCACCAGACUCAGGCAUAGGCCCCAAGGCAAACCCCAAGGUAACCUGACCACUGUCUUGGAGAGAGACCUCAGAUCGCCACCAGAAUGCUUCACUCCCCUGAAAGUGCUCCAUCUACCAUCGCCCUCAGCUGACCCUUGCUGUGCUACAGUGGCCCCAGUCUCCACCUGCAGGUCACAGGGAGCUACAUACACUAGGUUGUAGCUGGCCUUGGGGAAUUGUUCCUGAGGGCUAGAACUACCCUCCCUAUUUAACUGUCACUCCGAGGGAGACAGUUAGACAGGGGGGCUGAGAAGAGCUCAUUCCAGGGUGUGCCUCUACAUUUGUGCUGUUCCCUUCCUCAGUCUCGCUGCAUGGGGUCAUUCUGGCCCCCUGUUCACACUCAUCUUCUGUCCUGUCCACCCAUCUUCAGUUGUGUUGAUGGUAUUGGUUGGGUGGCACUGCUACAUCUAGUCACAUUUCUAAAUGGAGCACGGUAGGGUCAACUCCAUGCAGGUUUAUUGUUAAAUGCACCCCU